UUCUACAAGAUGGCCUGUGUCAUAGAUGAGGACCUUAUAAAUAUGUCUCACUGUUCAGAAAAUGGCCUCUCUUUGCUUGGGUACCAUCUAUGCAACUAUAGCCUGACCAAAAAUGUGUUUAAAAUGGUUGCCUACCAGAAGUCCUAUGAGAAGAGCACUUCCUGUGGAGGAUGGAUACCGUGGAUGCUGUGUCCCCGGACGUACUACAAAACACAGUAUCAUCCUGUUGAACUUCCUGAAACUGUCGUUUUUACAGAUUGCUGUGAAGGAUAUGAGCAAGUUGGACUCUACUGCUCUUUAGCACUCAAUAGAUCCAGAGUAUUUGCCUCAAGACCUGGUAUUUGUCCAGUGGAGAAUGUGGAAACAUCUGAUUACCCUUGCACGUUUGAUACUGAAUGUCCAGGGCUUAAAAAAUGCUGCAACUCAUCCAAAGGAUCAAGCUGUGUGGAUGCAAUGCCAGAGGGAAGCACAUUCUGGUACAACGUGACAGUACUUGUGAAAAUGGAUUUUAAUCAAUUAAUCAGAGUUGACUCCCACUUUCUGAAUCAUUCACGCCUUUUGCACUCCAUGAUUACUGGUGCACUACUGCCCUUGAAUGCCUCUGUGCACCAUAUCCAGAGUAACCCUGCAGAGGUAUAUGCUGGGACAGUGACCUCUCAGGUUCUCGUUGGACUGCGUCAGGCAGCUCCACUAGUGGAGGUUUCUUCUUCCUUGAAGGACAUUGUGAAGCACGUGUAUGAAGUGAUUGACAUAGAAGUGCAAGAUGUCAAUGAAUGUUCCUAUGCUGAAUUCAAUGCUUGUCCCAAGAAAAAUACCUGUGUAAAUCUGGAGGGUUAUUACAUCUGCGCCCCUCAGCAUGCACAUGUAGAUAUCAUGCAGCACCAGCUCAGCCAAAGAAAAGAAGGCAUGGCAGUAUCUACUCCAGGUUCAGCACUGGAUCUCAUUAACACAAGCAAUAGCUCUCUGUCUAUAAGCAAUUCAAGUCUCUUGUCCUUCACUAACCAAUCCUCAGGUGCUGGAUGCUUAAAUCCCUCAGCAGUUAGAAACCACCGAGUCAUCAGUGUCACCAGCAACAGUUUUGAAAUGUCCUGGCACGUCACUUCUACUCUGAACCAUACUUUCCAAAUCCAAGUGUUCAAGGGCAAAGAGACUGUACAAAACCUGAAGACAGAGGAAAUGAAAAUGGAAGUGUCUCAUCUGGAAGCAGGUGUGAUGUAUUCCGUAGAGGUCAGCUAUGAAACCUGUGCAAGCCCCAGCAUCUCCCGUCAAAACGUUAAAACAGAAGCCAAGGUAUUUGGUGUUACACUGAGAAUUCUCAACUACAACUUCACUGAAGAUUUCCAUAAUGCCAGCAGCUCAGCAUAUGAAGAAUUCUCAAGACUGUUACUUACAGAGCUUGAAAAUUCAUUUCCACCCAACAUUUCUGCUUUAUACAAAUCUGGGAAGCUGAAAGUGGAGAUGGAAUCCCUGCAAGCUGGAAGCAUCAUUGCGAAGCUCAGAAUCACUGUGCAGGAUCCCGAGUUUCCAGUCGAUGCCUCCACAUUUGCCCCAGUGCUUUCUUACCUACACAAUGAAUCUACACUUAUGGUGGAUGAACAAAACUCUGCAGUAGGAGACUGGGAUGAAUGUGCUUCUCACACCGAGAAUGACUGCUCUGUGUUUGCAGAGUGUAUCAAUUUGAUGGGCUCAUACCUGUGCAGAUGCAAGACAACCAUGGAUACUAAUCCAUCCCGACCUGGAAGAAACUGUGAGGGUGAGAUUGUGGACCCUCUCACUGAAACAAUGGCUCCUGAAAUAACAAACAGCACAGCAAUUUCUCCAAAAGAAGUAAGCCCUGUAGGCCAUGCUUCCCCUGCCACCACUGAGAUAGUGGCUGCUGUAGACUCUGAGAUGACUACUGCCAUACAUGGCCCUGUCACACUGCCCCUGGAUGACAAGCAGGUGUCUCACAGUCAUUCUCCCACCAUUGCUCCUGCAGCUUCUUGGAAAGAAGGUCUAACACCAGAGAUGGACUUUGGCAGCAACAGUACUCCCAGAGCUGCAGGACUCACAACCAGUACGGAACUGGCCAUGAGUACAGAGCAGCAGGAGUCUGUAAGUCCAUCACAGCAAAGCUCUAUGGCAGAGGCUUCUCCCAGUGCAUCACAGCCAGUGUCUGCCAUCACAAAUGCACUCAUAGGCACAGCUGAUCCAGAGCAACUCAGUACACCAUCACUGGUGUUUCUGAAUCAAACAGCCCCUGCUAACACCAGAAGUCACAAAGCUUUUGAUGUGCCUAAAGCCAGCUCUCAAAGUGGCCCCAGUACAGCUCUGCCACCCACAGGGGGUGCUGGUAUUCCCACCCUCAAUGCCACUCUCACAGCAUAUGUAGAGAUGGAAAGAGAGAACAACUCUUGGUCUGAGACAUACUCUGCAGCUCUGGAGUCACAAACAUUGUCAAGCACCUCUCAAGCUCCCAUCCCAACUCCAGGCCCAGCCACGGACCGCACUGUCCAGAAGCUUAGUGGCACAGUACGGAUAACAAAUGUGAAAUUCUCUUCGGGCUUUAGCAAUACAAGCAGUGAGGAGUACCAGACUUUCGCACAGCUCUUUGUUGAUGAAGUACAUAAAUCUCUUCCUCUUGAGGUUGUUCAGCAGAUGGAUGCUGGUCUAAUUAAAGUGAGGAUAAUGGGUAUUACUAAUGGGAGCACAGUGGUAAGUUUCAAUUUACUGAUUGCAGGAGAUAUGGAUAUCUACUACAUCAUCACCACUUUUCAUGAUGCCUUUGAACACAGCUCCUAUUUCACAGUUGACAAGAACAGUCUCUCCAUAAACGAUUAUGAUGAGUGCCAAAGUGAAGAAGAUGACUGUUCCCCAGAUGCAUCCUGCCAUAACACAGUUGGGUUUUACCAGUGCAGCUGCAAUGAAGGAUUUGCUGAUGUGCAUCCAGAAAGGCCUGGAAGAAGCUGUGAAGCAUUUCCUAUCAGCCAGAAGGCAACAGUGACAGAUAAGAAAACUGCGCACAACACAGCUUCACCUGUGACACCUUUGCAAACUUCAACUCAUGUUUCUUCUCCUGAUUCACUGGACUUCUCUACUACUGAGCAUAAAGCUCUAGGAAACACCACGUUGCUGCCUCCUCUCAUGGUGGAUCCUGUGUCAGCCCAUGAUGUUUCUCCUCAAGUGUCUCCUGCCCCCCUCACUAAACCUGCCCAGGUGGUUUCCAUCAAAGAUGCAGUAACUGUGUCUUGUGAAAUUGAGAAGAUCAUCCUUGCUAUCCAGAAGAGAUUUUUACAGCAAGAGUCUAUCCCCGAAGCCUCCCUGUACCUGGGAAAGCCUCACUGCAAUGUGAGCUUUAGCAACAGCACUCACGUUGUGCUGCAGGCAGGCUGGAGCGACUGUGGCACUGAGGUUGAUACUAACAUGACUGAUACCAUAGUGAAAACCAUCCUUAGGAACGACAAUUCUGCUCAGGGAGUAAUCCACCACUUGAAAGUUUCCAGUCCUGUUCACUGCAUGUUUCAAAACGAUCUCUUGACUUCCUCUGGAUACACUGCAGAAGGACUUUACACCAUCUUUGAGGAUUUGCAUGGAUCUGGACACUUCAGAACAGAAAUGCAGUUGUUUAUUGGAAACUCCCCAAUACCAAAAAAUUUCAGUGUCUCUGCCAGUGAUGAUGUCUUGAUUGAAGUGGGUAUCCAGAGAUCAGACAGCAAGCUCAAGGUGGUCCUCACUGACUGCUGGGCAACUCCAACUAAUAAUUCAGAAGAUCCCCUCUCAUUCACUUUUAUCAGCAACAGCUGUCCCAUCCCAAAUACAUACACCACACUGCUAGAAAAUGGGAAUUCAAGCAAAGCACAGUUUAAGAUGAAAAUUUUUUCCUUUGUCAACAAUUCUGUGGUUUACUUACACUGCAAAAUCCGUAUUUGUAUGGAGACCCCAGGAAGCACCUGCAGGACAAGAUGCCAUGCAGUUCGAUCCCUGAGAGCUGGAGAAACCAUUGCUAUGCACAGAACAUCCUGGGGACCUCUGUGUGAAUCACCUGCAUCUGAUUUGAAGAGAGAGAAAGAGGCUGGGAUGGGAGUUGGAUACAUCACUCUCAUUACCUUUGCUGUGCUUGGUUUUGUGCUGGGAGUUGUGAGCCUUCUCAUUUUCCUGUACCAGCGAAAGAUGGGGCAAUACAACUUCAGAAUCAAGUCUGACAACUUCAGCUAUCAAGUAUUCUAUGAUUAGUGAUUUCCAGGUUACCAGAUUUGGAUCAUGUCUCAUCACAUGGACAACUGAAGCUUGUCUUCAAUCAGCAUUUGGCUUUCUUUACUCUUCGCAAUGGUGGUCAUGACUGGAGAAACGCUGACUCUUCCAAGUGAAUGUUGCAUAUGAAAGGCUUCUAUCCACCCCCUGCCCCCUUUAUGUAUUAUCUUUUCUUCCAGUCUGGCUUUUUCCAUAGUAUUGUUACUGCAGCUUCAGGAUGAAGUGAAUUUUGGCAGAUUUUUAUCCUUUGGAUAAAAUAGAAGGGGAAAAAAGGGAAAGAUUUCAUAAUUGUCUAUUUAAGUUCCAAGAUUUGUGUCUCCCACUCUGCCACACUGCUAUCUGCACAUCUUAGUGUCACUUAGUGUUAAUAUUGAGAAGCUGAAUGUUUCUCUAUUCCAGGAAGUAAAGCAGAAAACACUCAGAGAGAUCUCAUUUUUAAUUUGUAAUUCACUAUUUACAUAAGGCGAGGUUGAAACUUGGUGCUGCAGCAACACUGAAGACUUAAUUGUGCAACGCCUUAAGUAUACAGAAACUGGAGAACACAUGUUGGAUUUGUCACCAAAUAAAGAAAAGGCAGCAUGAAUCUGGGGUUUAAACCUGCUCAGAAUAUUCUUGAGUUUUGAGAUUUGACUAUAAAUUCCCUAAUCAACAAGUACUCAGUAAGUUGUGAAAAAAAAAUGAAAAAUGAAACAAUUUUUGUUACUGGCAGCCCAUGUUUGUCCAGAUAAGUCAACUGGUGCCUUUGUGUUCUGCUUGGUUAGCCCCAAAUGAUUGUGCAGUCAAGCCACAGAGUGUGCUACCCACCUAAGCCAGAGCAGGACACUUGCAACUGAAUAGUUAUAAAUGUGAGCUGAACUUUGCCUGGCUGAAGAACCUUUUUGCAGCAGCAUAUGCUCACAUGCUCCAUUGGAUCCAACAACAGCCUGUUCAGCUGGACAAACUAGCAAAAGUCUUCUCCACAGAGAAAGCAUCUCCUGCAGCACCCUCUUUCCCAGCAUGCUCUUCUUCACUCCACUGCCCCUAACUUCAGGAAGUGUCUUAGAAAACACAGAAUAAAGCAGAGUGGGAUCUUGUCCCCACCAACCUUUGGUUCUGAUUGAUGCAUAUACUCCUCCUGCACCAAUGAUAGGUAGAGGCCAGCUGUGUCUCAGUCACCUGCACUUCAGCAAUUUGCAGUGAACAGGCUAAUUCCUCUUUGAGCUCAAUGCACAUCAUUGUAAGAAACUCUUAGUGGAAACUGGUCAGUAACCUGAACUCAUAAAUACUGUCAGAAGAGCAUUGAAAAGCUGCUUUUCUAUCCCUCUAGUCCAAUUGCUGCUAGUUAAUAGGAUUACUGGAUGAAAGGCUUCUACAUUUUGCAAAAGGUCAUGUUGAUCUUAUAGGUUACAUAUACACCUUUUAAAUACAUCAGUACGUUUCAGAAUAACCUCCUGCAUUCUUCUUGUGAUAUAAGUGAUUCUAUUAGGAAUGAAAAAACUUAAAUUUUCCUUACUGAAAUAUUAGUUACCAGGUACAGAUAUAAAAGAUUUGACUGCAAUUUAAUGGUGAAAUUACAAAUUAGCUUUGCAAUCUUAGAGUCUGAUGAAUGUAACCACUGGCUUUUUAUAGGUAGGAGUCUCAACUUUUGCUCAGUUUGCUCUCAGGUAAUGCAUUUGCAUUCUGCACACAGUGAGAGUAAAGCUGUUUUACUAUAAAUAUUUUGCUAGUUUUUAGUACUGACAAUCCUGAACUGCUUGACUGUGAGAGGAGCAGAGAUUUGCUGCUUGAUUUCAGUGGAGUUGCACCAUUUACAAAAGCUGAGCAUUAAUUAGUCUUCAUGAUGAAAUGCAGAGCAGUAGCUUGUAUUUAAAACCUUGCAUGCUCAGCAGAAACUGCUGUUAUGGCUGUUUGAGGUUGAAUAGCUGAAUUUUGGUGACUUAAUAAAAACAUUCUUGUAGCUUA